AUGCUCAACUCCUCGACGCGUCAGGCGCAGUCUGCACCAAUCACUGCAAUAUCCUCUACUCUUUCAACGCGUUCCAGUCCAUCCGUACCUCCGGCGUCGCAGGUAUUCGAACCUCUCGUCAAGUCAAUCCUUGCUCGCAGAUUCGCGUACUAUGUUCUCUCAACUUCUGCAGCAGCAGCCUGGCUACUCGCCACCAUUUGGUCCACCUGGCAGUAUGGCGGAUAUAACUCCUUGGGUGUACUUGGUUGUGUCGUGAACUUGCUUUCACCCCUUACCCUGUUCUGUGCUGUUCUCUGGUGGACGUUCGCGUCGGUCCCGAUAGCUGUCUUGCGCAAAAUCCAUCUCAGAGCAACGCGCACCUCUGCAUUGUCUCCUCGCCAGACCCUCACUCAGCAUAGCAAAGAGCGUCAAUAUCAGCACGCAUUGCUAGUCACUUUCAUUUCCUCUGCAUUCCUCACAGUAUGCCACGCAUUCGUAGCUCAGACAGUUGAAAGAAGUGGGCGAAGUGAUCCUGGACUCGGAGUUUGGGCUGGAUCGAAAAAACAUCCAUAUCACAUUAAUGGCCGCCUUUGUUUCCUAUUUCUAUCCCAGUUUUCUUGCGUUGUGCUCUACUGUCUUCGCGAUGUACUCAAAAGCCGAUUUGAUAUUCACUGGACAGGCCAAUCGGAUUUCACGAUGCACGCGUUUGCUUCGAUUCUUUCCUCUUUGGUCUCUACCUUAAUGCUCUCGACGACUUCCACCGUUGCUUCGUUGGCAGGGUUCGGCGUCUUGCGCUCUUUUGUGCUGCCCGUCGUGUAUCGUUUACCCAUCCUCCAUGGUUUUCUUCGUCCAUUUGUUGCACAUUUCCUCCGCCCAACAUACACUAUGACAUUCUUCUGGACUGACUUCGACCUGAUAAUCCGUGCCUUUUUCCUUGCUUUGUCAAGUCAGGUACUUUGGGACGUCCCAUCAACGAUGUUUGACGUGGUCUUCUCGCUUCCGAUUUCAACGCUUGAUUCGCGCAAAGACGCCGGACUCGUCCUAGUCUCUGGGACUGGUUCUUCAGAUGCAUACUUUCAGUUACAUGCAUACCACGGACUUUACCAGCUUUCAUCCGACACGGACCAGUCAGCUGCUGGACGUUCCGUAAUCUACAGCGACGUAAAACACAGCCCGAACUUAUGGUCUACGUUAGUUCGGCGUAGCCUCGUAUUACUAGGCUCUGACUAUCAACUCUUUCUUCGUCGGGGCAACCCCGCGCCUCCUCCACAAGUCGUGGUACCUCCUGCAGUAAAACCUACAACUGCGCAGAAACCAGUAACUCCUAUCAUCCGCGCCCAGGUGUAUAAGAAAGCGCCUGGAACUCCGAUCGAUCGAAUUAUCGAGGCUCUCUCCUCUGACGACGCAACUUCCGGACCUUCAACCAAUGCACCAUCAAGUGGUCCUGCGGAAAUCCAUGAUUUCACAACAAAGUUACGAUCUUUGACGCACCCAAUCGAUGCCGCUCUUACAGAUGUUUCGAAAUCCAUAACGAAUAUCGUACCCUCAAUGCGGAGCUCAAUCCAUCCGUCUCACUUACAUAUAAAAGAAGUUAGCACCUGGUGGACUCGAGAACGGAGGAACAAAGCUGCACAAAAGGCUUUACCCAACAAAGAGUUGGACGCGGUGAUCGUCAACACCCUGAGUCGGUUAGUAGCCCACUCGCUUAAGGAGGACACACUCGGGAGUGUCCAACGAGACAUACCUCGAAUUCUCGAAGCUAUGGUGUUAUUCCAUACUGCGAUAGAGAACUACCGAGUAGAGUUGUCGAGCGCGGUAAGUGCUCUAGAAACGAGCAAUGCGCUUCGUGAAACCGAGUUAACAAUCCUGAAAGAAGAGACCGAUCUCGCAACCGAGUGGGUUGAAGACUUGUCAUCCGAACUGCGAACUGGCAUAUCUCUAAUACUCAAAACGUUUGGAGACCGACUUGCGAAGUUCAGGUUUCCACCGACUAUUGCUACCAGGUUACAGAGCUUUGCGGAUUAUAGUACUUAG